AUGAGUUCAAGAGAAUCCAUCACUUUAAAUGACCUAAAAUCAGAAGUAUCACCCCGGAUUUCGGCAGAGGACUUGAUUGAUUUGUGUGAGCUCACCGUAACAGGCCACUUCAAGACCCCAACCAAGAAAACAAAGUCUAGUAAGCCAAAGCUCCUGGUGGUCGACAUCCGAAACAGUGAGGACUUUCUUCGAGGUCACAUUGCAGGCAGCAUCAACAUCCCUUUCAUCGCUGCCUUCACAGCCGAGGGAGAGCUCAACCAGGGCCCUUAUACCACGAUGCUUCACAACUUCAAGGGCAAGGUCAUUGUGAUUGUGGGGCACGUGGCAAAGCACACCACCGAGUUUGCAGCUCACCUUGUGAAGAUGAAGUAUCCAAGAGUCUGCAUUCUAGACGGUGGCAUUAAUAAGAUUAAGCCAACAGGACUCCUCACUGUCCCUUCUCCUCAGAUAUGAAGGACCAAGCACAUAGCUGACAAGGACAGAGUGGCAUUGCCCCCCUGAGGCACAGCUCUUCACAGUCUGUCACACUGAGACACAAGUGGACAUCCAGACCACUGUAAUGCCACAAAGUUUUGUCCUGAGAUACUUUUGUAAAUUUUGUGAGUCAAAUGUUCACCUGUCUAGGCAGAAACUUGACUGUACAUGUAUUGCUGAAAGAAUUUUCACAAUAGUGAAAUCUGAUCAGGUAUUUUUACCACAGUGCCACAUAAAGCCAGAGGAAUUCAGCUGACAGGGCACAUUUAGCAUUAUCAAGAAUCUAAGACACUCUGAGAAAGCCAUAUCCACGGCACUGAGCAGACUGUCCUAACAAAGGGUUCAGAAAUAUGGCGUGAAAUCACACCUCUUCAUGACAGCAGAAAUUAGAAAGCUGCCCAUGAUAAAUGUGACAUUAGGUGACUCACAAGCAAGGGGGGAGGGUGUUUAGUCCAUUGAGGGAAGUAGUAGCAGCACACUCAGAGAAUGGGGUUUCAGAAAGCAGCCAUAUCUGAUAACCUAUCUGUCCACUUCCUAUAGUAGGGAACUCAGCCAUCCCAACAGCUUUCUGGGUGAGCACAUGCAAGUCUGCACAGGCAGAGGCUAUAAUCUCAUCUUCACUGUGAUGCAGAGCUGGCAUCUUCUGCUGCUUUACGCCACAGAACAGCAUGCUUUUGGUGAGGAACUAAAGCUCCUCAGACUGUGGCAGCAUGCACAGGUCUAAGCCAGGUGGGUCCCAGUGCUGAGAGUGGAAAUGGACACAACCCCUGUCUCUAACCAAGAAGCCAUCCCAGGUUAAUAACCACUCACAAACGAAAAUUAGUUUCUCCAAAGGAGUCUCACUGGGGAUACAAAUCACACUUAAAGUGAGGCCCCAGGCCCACCAGUAGACAACUAACACAACCCUCAAUUGUAUUUUUGGAAUUUGGUUUUUUUUGAGGGGAGGGUAGUUGGUUUGGUUUUGUCUGAUGUUGUUUCAUUUGGACAUUUCUUACCUAAUUUUUUUCUUACAUAUAUCAUUGUCUCUGAUUUUGUGUUUUUAUUGGUUUCAUUUAUGUGUGUAUGGAUAUAUAUGUGUUUCUUUAUGCUA